ACUGAGAUUUGUGCAUUAGUUUAUCAGUCAUUGUGGUAAGAUGAAAAUCAUAAACUUGUUACUGUUUAAUGGGAUGCAAUUAAGAACUGAUAGUGCUAUGUUUUGACAUUCUGAAUUUUCUGGAUUAGUAAAUCACUGUUUUUCUUCUACAAGAAAAAUACAACUUUCAUAUUUAUAAUCAAAUAUUAAAGUGAUUCUGAAAUGGCAAACGAUGAAAAAUUACAGACUAGUGAAAAUAAAAACGUUGUCAACAACAAAUUAAAUUCAGGAAUUUCAUUCUCGAUUGACAGUAUUCUGAUGUGCGACCGUAAGAAGACUGAAAGAGGCUUAGAUGCUGGUUCAGAAAUUGAAACUAAAAGUUCUGGCACUGUAACCGCUCUGGAUCUAAGAAAGCAUGCCGCGGAAAAAGAUGAAUGCGAUAGGAUAAGUGAAAUAUCUGUAAAACAAAUAAACGAAAAUAAAGACAAAUAUCAUAACGCGAGUUUUUCUGAUCAUUCAGAUGAUUAUUUCAGUGAACUGUCUAACAGUUGUGUAACAAAUCACAUGUAUUUCUCUAGGGGAAAUCGCAUCAACCAGUUUGGCGAAAAUGGACUGGCCGACUUGAACGGAUACCUGCAUAGGCAUUUCUUGACACACGGGGACCUGGGUAAUUAUAACUGUCUUGCAGGGAGCGAUGUAUUUGAAAAUGUUAAAAAUGACGAGACCUUUGAUGAUGCAGAAACAAACAAAUGUAAGAUACAACCUGUUGCAACGGACAGUGAACAUGAGACAUCAUUCGACGCAGUUGAAAGUGAUUCCGAAAUAUCAGUUGUUUCAUUGGAAGAAAAGGACGUGCAUUGUCAUGGAAACAAAGAUAAGAGCGGUCAGGAAGAACCGGCUGAUCAUGGUCAAGCAGACAAGAGAAACAGUCUAGACGUUGGUACAAGCAAAAACGUGUGUUUGCCUGUUCCUGUUCAUAAAGCCCAGUCUUCGAAAGAUAAAACAGGGCGAAGAGAAAAAGAGACAAAUUCCCGAAAACGUGAUGUACACAGAGACCACAAGCCCAGGAAGAAGAGGUCACGUGCUGCAUUCUCACAUGCGCAAGUGUUUGAACUGGAACGAAGAUUUCGACACCAACGCUAUCUGUCUGGCCCUGAGAGGGCUGAUCUCGCAAAUGCCCUUAAACUGACAGAAACGCAAGUGAAGAUCUGGUUCCAGAACAGGCGAUAUAAAACCAAACGUAAGCAACUUCAGCAGGAACAAGCGCUUUCCAGUAGUUCCAAAACUGCGUCUGUGACGAUUCUGGUCAAAGACGGCAAGCGUCUCUAUGACAGAGAAGACGUUGUUCGGCCAUAUUUUUAUCCGUCUAUUCCAGUUCCAACAUUCAAUUACUUUUGUCCGUACGUGCAAUAAUGUUUUCCUGAUGGUAAAACUUUCAUUUAUCUUGUAUAUGUUUUUGGAUAAAUUUUAAAGUGAUUAAUUCUUUUAUUCGACCAGAAUGUCUUGUUGGAAGAGCUGAACUUGAUGUCAUUUUGUUUCCUGAUACAAUAAAACAUAGAUGUCCAUAAUAAGUGUUUUGUCUAGGCUUUAUUUUAGAUCUUAAUAGCAGAUGUGUUAAAAGGUCACAUGUUCGUAAUUUUGACUUUAUUCGUGUGGGGUUCAUUCUCAUCUGUCAGAGAUUCGGCAUUGUCCAGAGACGAGUAAAAAAAGAAACACUUUAGUGAACUUUUAGAAUGAACAGAAUGCUUCUUCAAUUAUAAACUCAAAAUGCAAAUAAAUAAAUAAACAACUA